AUGAUGAUGUAUAAAAUUGCUAUUUUUGUAUUUUUUAUUAUUGUCAAUAUAUCUAACAAAUAUGUAAUUGCCGAAAAUGAUGAAGAUAUAUCGACUGAUUUAUACGUUAUCGAGGGAAAAGUUUUUCCAUGGGAAAAUGGAGGCCCAAAUGGAUGGCAAUUAAUGACCCAUGUUAUGGCUAAUGGUGGAGAACAUUAUGGUUUCUUAAGAGAGGAUGGAACGUUUAUCAUUUCAAAUGUACCAUCAGGAUCAUAUGUAAUUGAAGUUGUAAAUCCAAAUUUUGUUUAUGAACCUGUAAGAGUAGAAAUUAACUCAAAAGGAAAAUUCAGGGCAAGGAAGGUCAACCUGAUUCAAACGUCACAAGUAAUACAGGUUCCAUAUCCAUUAAAAAUGAGACCUCUUACACCAUUCCGUUAUUUUCAAGUUAGAGAACAGUGGAGAGUAACAGACUUUUUAUUUAAUCCAAUGGUUUUAAUGAUGAUAUUACCAUUAUUAUUAAUUAUGAUUCUACCAAAAAUUAUGAAUGAUCCUGAAACUAGAAAGGAAAUGGAACAAUUAAAUAAUUUCACUAAUUAUAACAUGCCAGAAAUGUCUGAAGUAAUAACAUCAUUCUUAUCUGGUGGAGAAAAACAAAAAUCAAAAGCAGUAAAAGCUGCAAAGAAAAGGCAAUGAUUGAAAUGCCUGUAGGAUAAAUGUCUGCACUUUUAUUCUAGUAUUUUAAUUGUCAGUCAUAUCUUAGAAAAAAGUGUUAAACUUUUAUUUCUAUCUUUCUUUUAAUUAUCAUGUA